GCACGCUCUCGGCUCCUCGCUUUCCGAUUGAUUCCGACCCGACCCGAGAAUUCCUCCAGAUCAAGGCAGCCGAGGCCACCAGGGAGCCCUAGCUAGGAUCUCGCUCCGGCCAUGGCCGAGGUCGCCGACGCGUCCCCUCCCCCUCCCCCCACCGGCGGAGGCGACCGGAAGCGCGGCCGCGCCUCGCCCGUGCUCCCGCCGCCGCCCCCCGGGCCCCCGCCGCCGGGGCUGCAUAGCAAGAGGUACCGGAGGGACGAGGGCGGCGGAGGGUUCGACCGUCGCCGGCUCGGGCUAACCGGCGGAGGAGGGUACGACCAGGACGACCGGAGGCAUCGAAAUGAUCAUGGCAGCAUAGGAGGAAGAGGUGGUGAUGGCCAAUACAUGAAUCGUGCACCAGAUUGGUCAGAUUCUGGACGCAAUGGAUGGAAUGAAGGCCCUAAUAAUGCUCGUAGGGAAGGCCUGAUGUCGUACAAGCAGUUCAUUCAGGAACUCAAAGAUGAUAUUUCACCAGUUGAGGCUCAAAGCAGAUAUGAGGAGUACAAGUCAGAGUACAUCACGACUCAGAAGAAAGCAUACUUUGACCUCCAUAAGGAUGAAGAUUGGUUGAGAAACAAGUAUCAUCCAACAAACCUUGAAUCUGUCAUAGAAAGAAGGAAUGAACUGGCAAGAACUACUGCGAAUGAAAUUUUCCUAGAUUUACAGAAUGGAAGUCUGGACACUGGUCCAGGAUUAAUGGGUUCUGCAGCGAGCAAAUCGGGAAAUAACAGUGGUAAAAGUGUAGAUGAUGCGGAUGCAGAUGGUAAAAAAGGGAAACUUGGAAAGGGCCCUGAUGAUUUAUAUUAUGCUGCUCCCAAGGCUCACCCAGUUAGUUCCGAAGCUCGGCGAAUUCGAAUUGACAUUGAGCAAUCUCAAGCUCUCAUUUGUAAACUUGAUUCUGAAAAAGGUAUUGAGAACAAUGUUCUGUCGACUAGUGACCAUGACAAGUCAGAAAGGGAUAGGUCGCAUGGUUCGAUGGGGCCAAUUGUUAUAAUACGGGGAUCAUCUACUGUGAAGGGUCUUGAGGGUGCUGAGUUGCUGGACACUCUUGUUACCUAUUUAUGGCGUAUCCAUGGUGUGGAUUAUUAUGGUAUGUCCGAGACAAAUGAACCCAAAGGCCUAAGGCAUGUGAAAGCUGAUGCAAGGACAUAUAAUGAGGCUAGCUCAAAUGCAACCGAAUGGGAGAAUAAACUUGAUUCAUUUUGGCAAGACAGGAUUCAAGGUCAGGAUCCGUUAGAGAUAUUGAAAGCAAAGGAGAAGAUUGAUGCAGCUGCUUCUGAAGUCUUGGAUCCAUAUGUGAGGAAGAUAAGGGAUGAGAAGUAUGGGUGGAAGUAUGGUUGUGGAGCCAAGGGUUGCACAAAACUUUUCCAUGCUCCUGAGUUUGUCCAGAAGCAUAUUAAACUCAAGCAUGCAGACGUAGUGGUUGAGCUUACUUCAAAAGUGAGAGAGGAUGUUUACUUUGAGAACUACAUGAAUGACCCAAAAGCGCCUGGUGGAACACCUAUCAUGCAACAACCUGCUCCAAGGGGAAAAGGCAGACACCGGCCACCAAUAGAGAGUCGGCUGAGAGAUGAACGUGGAAAUCAUAGGUUUGACAGGAAUGCUGAUUCACCGCCACAUGAUGGGUCUGGUGAAAACCUGGAUGAUCCUAUUUAUGAUUCGUUUGGUGAUCCAAUUAUGCAUGGUGCCUUUCCUCCAGACAUUCCUGCUCCUCCGGUGCUGAUGCCUGUGCCUGGCGCUGGUCCGCUAGGACCGUUUAUUCCUGCACCACCAGAAGUUGCCAUGCGUAUGAUGAGAGAUCAGGGUGGGCCACCUCCUUUUGAGCCAACUGCGGGUCCACACCCUAGGAAAGCGGGGAGGGGUGGUGGUCCCCCAAUGGGUGGUCCAUCCCCAAUCUUUAAUGCUCCUCCUCUUCUGCACGAUCCUCGUAGAAUAAGAAGCUAUCAAGAUCUUGAUGCUCCUGAAGAUGAAGUGACUGUUAUGGACUACCGAAGCUUGUAGACGCGAGCUUCAUGUGAGGGAUAACUGUAGGUAAUAUUACACUGCAGAAAUACCUUGCCCUGUCUAGAGUUACUGUUGGGUAAACCAGUCCGUCGCCACUCAGUGUUUGUAAAAUGAAUCACAGUAGAUCGGGCAUUCGGUGUAACCCCAUUCAUCCCAAAGACAAGGGUGGUUGCCUGAAAUUUUUAGAACGUGAAAAAUUUUGUACACCAAGUCUCAUUUUCUUUUUCCUUGGAACAAUCUCUUUUAGGUACGAGUAUGUUCUAUAUGUUCUACCUUACUAGGGAAGUCCAGUCAGCCCUGA